AUGGGUCGAACGCGGGCGGCGCCGCCGACGCCGACGAGCGAGGAAGACCUUGAAGACGACUCCGCGUCAGUUGGAGUUGAAAGGCGUCGAGGGCGGGGAUUGAAAGCGAGGGACCCUGGGCGGAGAGAACCGCCGGCAAAAGUCCUUAAGGAUCGGCGUUCACCACGCCAACGCGGUCGUAUGGGAACCAGUGUAUAG